AGUCUAUGACAGUGACAUUAAUCCAGUUUAUUUAAAAUUGUAGGCUUCAGUCAGUAACGUUCCGGUUUUUAGUGUAUUGAGUUUUUAUUGUUCAAUUUUAAACUAUUCGAGUGGGUUUGAAGGCACAUUCAAAUCAGGUCUUUCAGUAAGUGUUAAAUCCAAAAAUUCCAAAACUAGGAUGAAUGGGAGCAUGCAAGUUUCGACGCCAAAAAACCAAAAUGCCAAUUGCCUGGCAACAUCCACAGUAGCGAAGCGAAAAGACCCUCCUGCUUGCAGCAUUGAGACCUCAAUGAGUUCUAUCCUGAAUCUUACAGAUAUAGAUUUAUCCAACAUUGCAAACACACAAGACAAUCUGGAUGAACUUUUGCAAAUGCGUAGAGAAAAAGCGAGCACUACGCUGAACAGGGCUUCAAGAGUUCCGGCCAUUCCUUCAUUUCUUCUAAAACCUGAUAAAGCGAAGAACUUCAGUACAGGCUUGCAGUUAGAAUUCGACAGUACCAUCAGCGAAACUGAUUUGUUGACAACAAAGGAAAACACUUCGACUCCACGGAACUCUUCAAAUGAAAAUCUUCUGAUGUCGGAAAGCGCUGCCGUUCCGAGGGAGUCGAUUUUUUCAAAAUUCCGCAGCAUUUUGGAUACGGAUAUCAGCACUGAAAACGUCCUAGAAGAGUUCAAGCAGAUAGCUCAAGCCUCGAGAGUCGGAACAAACGCCUCAUUGGACAGCGAACUGUUCACACCUGGGGAACUGGCGCAGUCUCGUCUAAUCGCCGACGAACUUUCAUGGAGAAAAAAGAAUGAAAUCCCACUAGCUCCAAAGCAGGCCUCAUUUUCCGAUACUUGCCGCCCCUCCAUGUCCACCUCCGUUACGAUUGGCGAGUUCUUUCAAAAGGGCUCUGAUGAUCUUGCGGAACUGCUCGCUCCCAGUCCGGAGAAAAAUCAGCCAGUAGCUCUUUGGGAGCCAUCCAUACGCCCCAGUGUGGCAGAACAAUUAGAAGCAAGCAACUCUGCAUCUAAUGCGAGCGCUGGCGCUAGUUUGAGUGUGAGUGCAAUUCAGAGGCUACUCUUCGAAGGAACGCAGGAUAACAUAAUUGAGUACUUGCUGAAGCAAAGCAGGAAUCCUUCAAAAAAAUCCAGUGAUCCAGGGAAAGCUAGCGAGUCGUUUAGCCUGCCAGUGAGUCAAAAUAUUUCGUGUACUUCGUCGUUAUCAGACAAUGAAGCUGUGGAAUUUCCAGUUGCCGCACGCCUCGCAGAUGAUGUUGCGGACAAGCAGAUUGUUUGCCCGAAAAACCAAACCUUUACCAGCGGCUCACAGAAAACCCAACCUUCUAGUGCUGAAGAGCCACCCAGAAGCUCCAGUUCUUUGUCAAGUCUUCCCAAUGGCAAAUUGCCUAUCGACAGUACAGUGACUGAGCUGGUUUGGGGAUGCGUUAAAGUGGAUCGGUCUGUUACCAAACAGUUUCUGUUAAGGAACAAAACACCGAAAACCUUGAGGCUGCAGUGCUGUCUAUCGAGCCACGAAUUUAAGAUCAGGAAAGAUAUCAGGUCUGAUUCGGACCAACUGACCGCGUGCAAAUUCGUGCUUCACGGACACGAAUCCAGGCCUUUGAUAAUAUCGUUUACUCCCACUAAAAUAGGAGCGGCUUUUGAUGAACUAGUUUUCACGCCGCUGGAUGCUGACUUGAAGCAGACUAAGAAACAAUGUGUGCGAUUGUGGGGCUACGGCGGCUACGUUUGUUCUGAGUAUCACAACGUGAGCAGAGACAAUACUGGGAAAUAUUGGAUGUCGUUGGGCAGAAUGGAUAAUCGGGUGCAAAUGAACCAAUCGUUCACCAUAAAAAACACCGGAAAUAUCCCGUCCUUCACUUAUAUCAAAGUGGUUCCUAAGAAUCUAGUCACUUUCACCAGCCUAAAAGUGGAACCCAACCUGUUUGUGCUGUUGCCCAGUGAAGAGCGCAUAAUUCGCAUCACUUACAUCCCAAACGCCAAAGACUGUCGCAUUCUCAAGCAAAACCUCAACGUUUUACCUGUAGUCGAUAUUGGAAAGCUAGAAAUCGUUUCUGGGGCCGAAGCAAAUCGCUUUAGGCUCAGGCGACUGAAGAGGAAGUGUCUAGAUAAACGGCUAACUGUAGAUGCAUUAACAUCGAUGCUGUCCGAGCCGAUUCAAGGAGAGAUAUAUUCCAGUGAAUUCGCAAUGUUCAGGGAGAAUACUUCGGCCAUCUCGGAUAUUCUGGAAAACGUCAACGUUAAGGAGAUGCUGGUCACCAUCGAGCAGGACCCAAAUCAAACGUUAGUGGCCGAGUGUCCGGAUGAUUCGGUGGUUUUCCAGUCUCUAUGGGAACAAGCGACUUUUGUAGGGGACGCAGCGACAGUCCCGCGUAUCUCGUUUCGCAUGGAGCCGCCCUCACUAAUGUUGUUCCAGUCCAAGCCUGAGGAUAGCCUCUUUUUGCUGUCCGAGGCCAAUGAAACACUGUCUUAUACAGUGAGCAGCACGCCAAUUGGUUUACUCAUCCGACCAACCAGAGGAGAGAUCGCUCCAGGGGAUACAGCGGAACUGAAGGUCAAGCUCCCGAAUAAUGUGAAUCAUUCCCAAUUUACGGUGCGAGUUUAUGUUGGCAGUGAUCAGCUCGAAAGCGAAGUUAAAAUCUUAAAGGUUGGUUCUUCUCAAAGGCGUUUUUUAGACUGAGUGACUUGACGAAUUGCUUCAGGACUUGAGCAACGAUUUAUUCUGUCAGUGUUGUGGUUGUGAUAAUUGUAUUUUCCGUUUACUACUGGUUUCACCAGAUUCUGAAUCAGUUUCCAAUUGAAGCCUUUUGUAGUGUAAUUUAUCAUUUUUUUAGAUAUAUGUAUUUUUAUUUGC